AUGACCCUCAGUCAUAGCGAAAACUCACCUUUACUACAGCAGCAAAAGCCCCCUCUUUCCAGGCCAAAAAAUAGAAGAAGACGAUCUUCGUUUGAUCCGUCUACCUAUAACAGCAUUGGCACCAUUGCGGAUACGCCUUCCUCUCAGGAUGUGGCAAGAGAAGCUGGCCUUGGUUUGAUGCAACUAUUAGGUCUCACCAUUUGCAUGGCCGGCGUGCAAUUUACAUGGACAGUUGAGCUAUCUUACGGUACACCAUAUCUGUUAUCACUUGAUCUAUCCAAGGAAUUGACGGCUCUCGUCUGGCUGGCUGGUCCCUUGUCUGGUUUGCUUGUACAACCCCUUAUUGGCGCUUUCAGCGAUAAAUGUACCUCAAGAUUUGGUAAACGCAGACCUUUUAUCGUAGUGGCAGGUAUCUUGACCUGUCUGUCCAUGAUUGGCGUUGCUUAUGCCAAAGAAUUUGGUGCCUGGAUUGCUCGUUCCUUUUACGCUCCCGAGAACUUUGAGCAAUCUGCUCAUCUCUACGCCAUUGUUGUUGCCGUCUCAUCCUUCUAUUUCCUGGACUUUACCUUGAAUGCAGUGCAAGCCAUUUGUCGUGCUUUGAUCUUGGAUGUGCCACCGCUUUGGCAGCAGGAAUACGCCAAUGCUUGGAGUGCACGCAUGAGUAACUGUGCUAUGGUCAUUGGGUAUUUUGUAGGAUUCAUGGAUCUGGUAAAGUAUUUCCCUUGGAUGGGUGAUUCUCAGAUCAAGGUGUUUUGUAUUGUGGCCAUGGCAGUAUUUGUGGCGACAUUGGCUGUAACAUGUAUCGCUGUCCACGAGAAGCAACACGUAGAUACAGAGGACCAGGACAAUGUGCCGUGGUACCAUACAUUCCAUUACAUUUGGCGUGCUUUCCGAUUCUUGCCAAAACCAAUCCAGUCCCUGUGCAAUACACAGUUUUUUGCCUGGAUGGGAUGGUUCCCAUUCUUGUUUUACAGUACACAAUGGGUGUCAGACCUCUAUUUUGCCUCACACCCCGCUACUUUGCCAGGUGAUGAUAACUGGGCUGAAGGCACCCGUGCUGGAUCCUUUGCUCUCUUGUGUAAUUCCAUGGUCUCCGUCGUUGCCGGCAUGGUUAUACCUGCACUCGUCAUGCGUUUCGAGAAAAAGGGUGUCUGGUGGCUAUCGUUACUGAAUGUGUACACUUGCUCCCAGCUGAUCAUUGCAGGCUCCCUACUUUCGGCUUGGUUCAUUCGUUCUGUUACUGCAGCAACCAUCGUCUUGGCUAUUAUGGGCAUUCCGUGGGCCAUUGUGCUCUGGAUCCCAUUUUCCCUGGUGGGCGAGUAUGUGAGCUACGAAGAUGAACGUCGCAAAAAGCCCUCCACACAGCAUCCGCUAGAGGAUCAGCAAGAUGAAUUUGAUGCUGGCAUGAUCUUGGGUGUCCAUAACAUGUACAUUGUCUUUCCCCAGUUUGCAGUAGCCAUCAUCUCAUCGGUCAUCUUUGCAGCCUCAGAAAAAGUCAAAGACCCCAAUGACCAAGGCCGAUCCAAUGUGUCCACUGUGUUGGCUUUUGGAGGUCUUAUGGCUUUGAUUGCUGCUAUUAUCAGUAGAUACAUUGUUCGUGUAAGCAAGUAA